AUGCUCCGAUCUCUCCUGUCGCGCGGCGGCCUCAUCCGCAACGACAGCUACAUCUUCCCCACCGUCGACCCCAGCGAGGAUGGUCCGGACUGUCGCAAGGACUGCGCCGACUGCACGGUGCAGUUCCCCUCCAAGGUCAAGAUGGAGACCACGAAGCCCCUAUACGGACACAUCAAGGAGUUCCACACGCAUGUCCUGGUUGCGACAGGGAAGUCGGACUGGGUUGAGAAGGUCGAGACCGAGAAGGGCUCGCUGAUGGAAGCCUUUGACGACUCCUCGAGCAAGUCGCAGCACGGCCGCUUCAUGAUAUCCGCCUCCAACCUCCAAUCGCCACAAACCGAGGGGACCACCGAAGGCACAACAAUCCUGCUCCUCCCCUCAUUCACCUUCGUCGACGCCGUCCAGCCCCGCGACAUCAACGAAGUCAUCGGCCGCUUCAUCGACGCGCCGCUCUCGCAUAACGGCACCAUCCCCCCCGACCCGGACUCGAAGCUGUCCCCCCGACCCUGCCAGUACGACUACGUGGUGCUGCUGUGCUCGCACAAACGGCGCGACGCCCGCUGCGGAAUCACGGCGCCCCUGAUCAAGAAAGAACUCGAGCGCCACCUCCGGCCCCUGGGGCUGUACCGCGACGCGAACGACGAGCGGCCCGGCGGCGUGGGCAUCUUCUACGUCUCUCACGUGGGCGGGCAUAAGUUCUCCGCCAACGUGCUGGUGUAUCGCCGGGAGCAGGAGCAGAUGAUCUGGCUGGCCCGGAUCAAGCCCGAGCACUGCGAGGGGCUGGUCAAGUACACGCUCCUGCAGGGCAAGGUGGUGCAUCCCGAGUCGCAGUUGCGAGGGGGGUUUGAUCGCGGUCGGGGGUUGACGAGUUGGUGA